AUGCAAGAAGAGCGAGUCGCAGGACUGGAGGUGGCGGAACGGCAGGCGCCGAAUGCCGACAGGUGGCAAUUGUAUUCGAAUUUCCGCCUGGGUCGCUCGCCGUCUCCACAGACCCCAAAGCGUUUACCCAUUGCAGUCGCUGUGAUCGUCACGGAUUAUCUCAAUCCCACGGCCCCUGACCUCCCUAGCGUCGCGGGGCGAAACUCCGCGAAGGACUUGAGUCGAGCUAAACGCAAGUCCCCUUGGGGUCGCUUAUGGCCUGGAGGUGCCAAUGUCCGAAUUGAAUCCAAGGUGCUGAGGUAG